AUACAUUAAAGGUUUUAGUACAAACACUAUACCUGUUAGGGGCGUGGCCACCUUUGUUACCUCAUUACCACGUGGGUUUUAAAUGGUUUAUAUCAAUUAAAGGUUUUUAGGAACACCUGUUAGGGGCGUGGCCACCCUUGGUUCCUUUACCACGUGCCGUUGAUUCGGCCCCCAACAAGGAAGACGUCAUCAGUGAGGACACUCUUCAGAUAACGUUGAAUGUUAACCGUCAAUGAAAAUGGUUUCCCCCGUUACUGCCUGUUCGUGCUGCAGCUGACGUUUAAAACAAACGAGCCCGGUGAUGAGUACCGUCUACCGGAAGGACUCACCGACCCGUCACCUGCCCGGGUUUUCUGGACUCCCGGCUGCCGGAGAAGGAGCAGUUCUCUCCGUCCAGAGGGCACCCGGACUGGAGCCCGUCCGGGAAGUCCUGCUCCCGGUUCCGGCUAACGGGAGUCCGCCCGAAGGUUCGGCUGUUUCCGUGAGGACUUCGUGCGAGCUCAACCAGAUGCUCGUGCAGGUGCACAGGAGCAUUUUGGGCACCGGUGAACCGGAGCCUCGACUCAAACUGGGGACAUGCCGCCCCAGUAGAUCCACGAGGGAUUACGUUUAUUUUGAAUAUGACGUCAGCAUGUGUGGAACCACACGCGCGGUGAUUAAUAACCAGGUGGCCUAUUCAAAUACGCUACAAUAUGAUCCAUUAAGGCUCCAAGGACCAAUCAGGCGAGCCGUGCUCAGCCUGUCUGUUGCAUGUCAUUAUAACAGGUACCAAUACUCAGAUUACACACCAAAGAUGCCGGUGCGUAAGACCUACACAUCAGUGAAGACCAGAGCAAAGUUUAUUCUGACUCCUCGAAAUGCUCAGUGGGAAAGGCUUUCUCCGUCAGAUCAGUACGCGCUCGGGAGGUCCAUGUACUUUCAGGCCGAAGCUCCGACGAUGCCCCCAAAUGAAAGACUGUACGUGCACUUGUGUUACGCAACUCCAGAGAAUUCCCACACCUCCACACCUCAGUUUCCAGUCGUGCAAAACUUCGGGUGUAUGGUUGAAAGCAAGGACAGUCGCUCCAGAUUCGUCCAAUACAAAAGAAAUGCUGUGAGAUUCUCUAUGGAUUCCUUCUACUUCAUGGGAAUGACCAACCAGCAACUCUUCAUGCACUGCUCCAUGUCUGUGGGCAGCUCUGUCCCCACACCUACGGCAAAGUCCUGCAACUACAACACAAAAACCAGAAGAUGGGUUGAGCUGUACGGACCAGACUCGGUGUGCACCUGCUGCGACUCCAGCUGUAGCUCUGCUGCAUCCACAGUGACCAAAAUAGUCAGCAGUCAGCCGUGGACAAUAGACCCUCAAAUGAAACCCAGCAAAGCCUCAAAAAGGAAGGUGUCCACCGCAGCAGCACCAAAAGAGACGACCAGAGAGGUGUCUGAGUGGACCACGACGUCACAGCCCGGCCCGACCGCAGUGACUCUGACCGGUAAGGUGGAGGCCACCGUGCCGGAGUUCGAGUGGCUGUUCGGAGGCGAAGGAGUGCCGUGGGUUGAGAUGGAGAAGCAGGCGAAGGGCUCUGCUGUUGUGGAGGAGAUGGAGGUCAUAGAACCUCACACAAUAUUUGAUGAAAUCUUUGGUUUUGAUUAAUAAAGCUGCUGUUGGUACGUACAGUGAUGCAUUCAGUCCGGAUGGCUCAUUACAUGACUCCUAAUGAGCUCCAAGCAUUAAUCUAGAGGUUGAGGGUAAGGGGUUAUUUUUCCAAAUGUUAUCUGAAUUAUUACACAAGUAAGAUGGUAGUUGCUGGUAAAAACUCUGAAACUGGAUUGCCUUUUAUUUGUCACUUGCAACAUGAAACCUACAAUCCUCUUUCAAUGAGUAGUUUACUAUUUUGGGAAAUUAGCGUAUUCACUUUCUUUCUGAGGGUUAGAUGAGAAGAUUGACUUCACUUUCAUAUCGGUGUGCUUUAAUAUUAAGCUGCAGCCGCUUAUUUCUA